GCAAUGAGCACAGGCAAGGAAUGGACAGGCACUUAGGUGUGAUCACCCAGGGGCCCAGCAGCAAGCACCAGCACUCACCAGAUACUGCACUGAUGGUGGCCUCCUCCAGUUCCUGCUUUGCUUCUGUCUCCUCUUGAUGGAUCUGCAGCCUGCUUAGCUCAGGGAUACUGUAAAGAAUGGAAGCAGAAACACAUAAAUGGCAUAUGUUGACUGCAAAAGUAGCUCUGGCAAUAGCAAUUAUCAGGUCUAAACCUCAAGGCAAAACUAGCAGAGAAUACACAGAGGAACUAAGAGCAAGUAUUACUAAUGAAAAUACUCAGAAUGUUGACUGGAAAGCAAAAGUGUGUACUCUGGAAGCUGAAGUUCUACAAUUGCGUCAACAACUUCUUCUCCAGAAGAUUCAAACAAGUUCAGAUUUUGAAAAUGAAUCUUUUAAAGCAGUGGGUUUGGAGCCACUGCAAUGUAACACUAAUUCAGGACAAACAGAGGAUGAUUCUGGUUGUGAACUUUCUAAUGAAGUAAGAGAAGAUAUUCUUAAAGCAGCUCAUAAUUCUGAAGCCUGCAUUCAGUCAUGCUUUCCAUCAUCUUCCAUAAUUCUACCAACAGUAAGAUAUUCUCCUGUUGAAGAAGAACACAUGACUCAUCAAAUUCAGUUUCUAAAUCAUCUUCUUGGUUUUGGAAAACUCACAGCUACACCAAGUUUAUCAAAUCUAGAAAAUGAGUGCAAUGUGGUAGAAGAGUCAGUGUCUGGUCUGCUGAAUGGUUUGCUUGGACUCUACAAAAAUCCCAAACCAUCGGUUUCAACAUUUCAGGCAAAAACGAUUGGUAUAAUGACAACCCUACUGAAAGAUUCACAUUUGUCUAAAAAUUUGCUAAAAAACUGUGUUAAUAUUAUAGAAACUUUUGAAAACCGCUUGGUUCAAGACAUUUUAUCAAGCAAAGGAAUAAAUAGGUUUCAGGUGCAGCAAUUAAUGACCAACUGCAUUAUUUUGCUGGGGGAAUGCCAACUAUUAAGAGGACCUUUAAUAAAUAUUCUCCUUUGCACAUUGAAACACUAUGCUGAUGGCCUUCUUCUCCAUUGCCAGAACCAGAGCAAAUAUGACAUUUCAGAGUACGAGAACAUGUUUUCAAUACUCUCAGCAGUGGAAGCACUUCUACAGUAUGAAAAGGAGAACCCAGGCACAUCAGAGUGUGAGCUCUAUAACAAUGAGACAAAGCAGUUUCUGUACAAUCUUGACCAAACUAUUCUCAGUAUUUCUGAUGACUUUCCUUUAUUUUCCUUGUAUCUGUGGAGACUGGGAACAUUGUGUUCAUACUUGGAAAAUAUUAAAUCUCUUUAAAUUGCUGAACUGAAAGAGAUUAGGAAUGUAUAUAUUUGUCCCUUUUAAUAUUUAUCUCUUAUGUUUUCCAAUUUCAGCUUUUAUUUUUAGAUAUUAGUAAUAGAAAUAAUUUAUGUGUAGCAAACAGAAAUGAAAAUCAGUAAGAAAAAUAGGAGUAUAGGGAGCAAUGUUUUAUAUGCACAUAAAAAGUUUUUACAUUUAUUUUUAAAAUGUAACUAUCAGUAUUUUCUUGUUGCUCCGAAAGUAAAUAACAGUAUUGAUAUGUGCCUUUAACGCCUUCCCUGCCAACAACUGAGAGUACUAUCGACAUAGUUUCACUAGUUUCAAUAUGCACUAAGUUUUACUAGGUUCUACUGUGGACAAAUAAUUUAAAAAGUAACUUGUAGCAGAAAUUCCAAAUAGGUAGUUUUAAGGUAUUGGUGGAUUUUAACACACAUAGAUAAUUUCCCACUGAGGACACAAUUAAGUGUAUUUUGAAAAAUGUUUUUUGUCUAUCUGUAGUAAUAGUGAUAUCUGUUUAAAAAUAUAAUUGUGUAAAUAAAUGUGUGAUUGUUAAAGGGA